CCAUAAUAAAAAAAGAACUUUUCUCUUCUUCUCCUAAACCUUCCCUUUCUAAAAACCCUUCUGUAUUUCCCUCCAUCUACGCUCCCAUUCCAUUAAUUUCCUUCAACCAACCUCUUUCAAUUUUCAACUCUUUCUGUACCUGACUAGCAAAGCUCAAAUGAAUAACGAGUUCAACGAUCAGCCAGAUUUAUACGCGCCCGAUAAUAAUAGCUACGCCCUCAGUGGCAAAAUCAUGCUCAGCGCCAUCGUUAUUUUAUUCUUCGUUGUUAUUUUAAUGGUCUGUCUACAUCUCUACGCUCGUUGGUAUUUACUCAACGUGCGCCGCCGCCAAAUUCGCCCUAGCCGUUUCCACCGACGUACGCAUCUUGUCUUCUAUGUUGACCCUGCUAACCCCAAUCCCGUCGCCGCAGCCACGCGCGGCCUCGACGCGGCUGUCUUGAAAUCGCUCCCUGUUUUUGCCUACUCCUCCAAGACCCAUCCUGAGUCUCUGGAUUGCGCCGUUUGUUUGUCCGAGUUUGAAGAGAACGAAUCGGGUCGAAUAUUGCCCAAGUGUAAGCACAGUUUUCAUAUCGAGUGUAUUGACAUGUGGUUCCACUCUCACUCCACGUGCCCUCUGUGUCGGUCCUCAGUGGAGCCUUGUCAGGAUGAGCCCGAAAACCCGACUCAUGUGGCGGUUUCAGUGACUGAGCCAGGGUCAAGUUCCGGGUUGUUUAUGACGCGUCAGCACGAGGACGAAACGGCCGGAACAUCGUCGUUUGAAGAUAAGGGCAAGCCGAGGGACGUUAUAAACGUGUCGAUAGAGGUUCCGGCAAGGAACUAUAACGAAGGUUUUGAUAGCGAGUCAAGCAGGUGUGACUCACCAUCUAGUCAGGUUCAAACUCAGUCGUCGUUUCGAUCUCCGGUGAGUCGUAUGCUAUCUUUUAAAAGGAUUCUAAGCAGAGAAAGAAGAGGAAAUUUAUCUCCUUCAGGGAAUACCGCAAGCUGUGGUGGAACUGUCACUGAGUUAGACAUCGAGCGAGGUAGAGGAUAGGUGACUCGGCAGACUCAGUAGCAGUAACUCAGGGAUACAGAGUAAGUGGGCCACGUAGCAGAUAUUUCGUUGGAGCGAAAACAUUUUAGUAUUGAUUGGCGGAGAAUGCACACGUGGCAGAUAUUGGACGUCUGUUAAAAUAUUCACUUGUAUAGAUAAUAUUAUUUGUCUUAUUGAUUUUUUUAUUAUAAUUUUAUCGUAAGUAAAAUUUGAGUACUUGUGUGUUGAUUGCAAUUUACAAACGGCAGACAAUGACUAUAUUGGAUUGUUGACUUGAUAAGUCCUUUGUAUCAGAUAUUGUUCCAAUUCCGAAUGUGAAAGCAAGAAUUGAAAGGCCUAAUAAUAUUAUAUAGUUUGGAUUCUUGUGAAA